AUGGAAGGAGGGAGGAGGGUUGCAUGGAAGGUGAUGAGAAGAAUCUCUCUAAUUGCAUCCAUUAAAUAUUUUCAGGGUGGUGAAAUGUUGGAAAAAAGAAGUCAUGCCAGCUUCACAACGCAAAGCCUUGUUCUGACACGGAGGUCAUGUGUGAACAUGUCUCGUGAUCCUGGCUACUACUGGAUGAGAUUCGCUGUUUAUGUAGGCAUUGCUUUAAGUCUUGGCUCCAUCUACUAUAAUGUUGGCUCAAACUAUCGUGCAAUCGAGGAAAGAGGUCUAAUGGUUGCUUUCGUAGUUUCAUUUAUGACAUUUAUGACAGUUGGUGGAUUCCCUUCAUUUGUGGAGGACAUGAAGGUAUUUCAACGAGAAAACUUGAAUGGGCACUAUGGAUGUUUUGCUUUUGUCAUAGGCAACACACUUUCUUCUAUGCCGUACGUACUACUAGUAUCAUUGGUUCCAGGUGCCAUUGCCUAUUUCCUUGCUGGAUUCCAAAAUGGAUUUGGGCACUUUAUCUACUUUGCUUUGGUCCUCUUCACCAGUAUGAUGAUAGUCGAGAGCCUUAUGAUGAACGUUGCAGCUAUUGUGCCUAACUUCCUCAUGGGCAUUGUAACCGGGGCAGGAAUACAAGGACUACAGAUACUAAGUGGUGGUUAUUUUCAAUUACCUAGUGAGUUGCCUAAAGCAAUUUGGAAAUACCCACUGUACUACAUGUCCUUCCACAAGUAUGCUUACCAAGGUAUGUUUAAGAAUGAAUUUGAAGGACUAAAGUUUACAGAUGAUAUGUUCGGAAACAAUCAUAUAAUGAGUGGAGAAGACGUCUUGAGAGAUAGAUGGCAAGCAGAAAUGGGACACUCAAAGUGGGUAGACCUGGUCAUUCUGGUAGGUACAUUAAUUUUGUAUCGUCUGGUAUUCUUCCUUAUUAUCAAGACAAAAGAAAAGGUUGUGCAUGCAAGAAAGGCAUCCACAUCAAUUCUGUCAAAUCGAAGUACACAAAUCAUGGCUAAGUCGUUACCUCCCUCACCUCUCCAUGGACUCACUUUACCUCAAGACAUUCCCACCAACAAUAGAUGAAUUAGUAGUUAGUUCUUCACGAUUUAACACUAUGUUU